AUGCUAACAUUGCCGGACUCUGAGGAGCAGUUCUUUCACCGGGUUGGGAGAGUAGGGCGAGCGGAGUGUAUCACUCCUGUCCUGAUAGAGGAAGAGGCUGCACAGACCGACGGCUCGCCCAAGAGAUAUUCAGCGGAGGGGAUUGCUGAUCCCUUCGGCGCCCUCGCAGCUACAGCUGACGACUCGCAGAGACAGCGCGGCAAGCAAGCAGCACUUCCGGUGUACGGCGAGCACAAGGCUGAACAGAGCUCUUCUGCUACACGUAAACAUUUGCAGGAGAUCGCUGCUUCUGUCUCCUCGCUGCUGUCUCUUGAGAAAGAAGCGCAGAUGAACUUCCUUCUCUUAGCAUCUGGGAAGCAGAAGUAA